AUGAAGAAUAAAACAAGAGAAGUACUUUAUUUCAUAUCUAACAAAUAUAAUUGUCCAAAGAUUUUCAAUUUAUUGAAUCAAAAUGGAUUUGGAAUUUUCCAAUUUAGUUAUGAAAAUACCACAACUGGAAUCACAAAUAAGAAAGAAAGACGUAGUCGAGUUUAUGAUACAAUAAUCACUCGAAAACAAUACGAAUUUUUAUCAGAAAAUCUUCGAAAUGUUUUAUCAUUCGAAAACUUCAUUCGGAUUCUACGUCCAUUCAUUAUGGGUUAUUAUGAAGAUAAUCAAUUAAGAGAAGCUUUUCAAAUCUUAGAUAAAGAUCGAUCUGGUACAAUUACUAUUCAAGAAUUAGGCAAUUUUCUCCCAAUUAUCAACGAGUUUGCUACGACUGAAGCUUUGAAAAAUUACAUAAAAAAACUUGACAUUGACGCAGAUGAUACAUUAACCUACGAUCAAUUUCGUUCAUUGAUUUUAAAAGGAAUUGGACGAGAUAUCAUUUGUAAUCAUAUCUAA